UUUGAUGGACAGUGAGUAUGCGUUCCCAUGUCUGAAGUUGAUGAAUUGAAAUCGAACAUGGGUUGCCCACUUUUUUGAGGAAAUAGGCCUAGUUUGUGGCUCAGUAUGUCAGUAGUAACGGUGCAGCUUGGUCAGUGUGGCAACCAGAUUGGUUUUGAAGUGUUUGAUGCUUUAUUCCGUGAUUCACACUGCUCUCAGGGACUCUGCUCUAGGAGAGAGAAUGAAGCAUAUCAAGCAUCUUGCCAGGAAAGAUUCUUCAGGGAAGAGGGAAAUGGAGUUCCAAUUGCCCGGGCUGUACUUGUUGACAUGGAACCUAAAGUUAUCAAUCAAACACUAUCAAAGGCUGCCCAGUCUCGCCGAUGGAAAUAUGAUCAGCAUGCAAGCUUCUAUCAAAAACAAGGUUCUGGAAACAACUGGGCAUAUGGUUACUCUGUUCAUGGACCCAGGCAUGAAGAAUCUAUAAUGAAUGUAAUCCGGAAGGAAGUGGAGAAAUGUGACUCUCUGAGUGGUUUUUUCAUCAUAAUGAGUAUGGCUGGGGGCACAGGAUCAGGACUGGGAGCCUUCAUUACACAGAAUUUGCAAGAUCAGUAUUCAAACUCUUUGAAAAUGAACCAGAUUAUAUGGCCUUAUGGAACUGGUGAGGUUAUUGUGCAGAACUACAACUCCUCCUUGACCCUUUCUCACUUGUACCGAUCUUCAGAUGCACUCCUUGUUCAUGAGAAUGAUGCUGUCCAUAAAAUCUGUGCAAAACUGAUGAAUAUCAAGCAUGUCUCCUUCAGCGAUAUAAAUCAAGUCGUCGCACAUCAGUUGGGAAGUGUGUUCCAGCCUACUUAUUCUGCAGAAGGCUCUUCUCACUACAGAAGAAAUCCACUAGGAGACUUAAUGGAGAAUUUGGUUCCCCAUCCUGAGUUCAAGAUGCUAGGUGUUCGAAACAUUCCUCAGAUGUCUGAGAAUUCACUGGCAUAUAGCACGUUUACUUGGGCUGGCCUCCUCAAACACUUGAGACAGAUGCUCAUUUCUAAUGCAAAAAUGGAAGAAGGUAUUGACUGGCAAGUGCGGCCUCCUAUAUCAGGACUUCCACCUCUUGGCAAAAUGUCUUUAAACAAGGAACUGCAUUUUAACACUUCCAUUGCUAACUUGGUCAUCCUUCGUGGGAAAGAUGUGCAAAGUGCAGAUAUAGAGGGAUUUAAAGACCCGGCUCUCUACACUUCCUGGUUACACCCGGCUCAUGCUUUCAGCGUAUGGAAAACCCAGCGAGCUUUCAACAGAUACGAGAAAUCAGCAGCGUUGGUUAGCAACAGCCAGUUCCCAGUGAAACCACUUGACGUGAUUGUGGGAAAAGCAUGGAGUAUGUUUGCUUCAAAGGCCUACAUUCAUCAGUACACAAAAUUUGGAAUUGAAGAAGAGGACUUUUUGGACAGUUUUACAUUGUUAGAACAGGUUGUUGCCAGUUACAGUAAUCUCUGAUCUACAGCAAAAGUGAAAAAUACUGAGGCAUUU